AUGGAAGACGAAAUGAACACUACAAUAUUCAGCAACGAUGCCCCGGCUCCUCAGCCCCAAUCAACAGUGCCAGGCGACAUCCCUGGCCCCAGCGCUGCCAUGGACGCCAUUUACAUUGCCCAGCCGAGGCUGCGGCCCUUUUGGCCGAAGAAUCCCGCCGUGUGGUUCACGCAGUUAGAAGCCCUCUUCUAUCUGCGGCGCAUCACAUCGCAACCACUUUCCUCCGAGGUAGCUGAUGAGUUCGACGACGUCAUGAGAGCCCCACAUUCGGCCGCGCCCUACGGCCAUUUCAAGGCCAUCGUGCUUACACGAAUAACCGUGUCCGAGAGAAGCCGCUUGCAGCAACUCCUCAACGCGGAAGAACUCGGCGAUCGCCGACCAUCGCAGCUAUUACAUCGGAUGCGACGGCUACUCGGUGACCGUACUCAAGACUCCGAGAGUCCACUAUUGCGCGAGCAGUUUCUGCAACCCUUGCCUCAGACACUUGUCGUGGUUUUGGCAGCUGCGGAUGAUAUGCCUCUUGACAAACUGGCAGAGCUCGCGGACCGCGUGAACGACUACUCCGGCGCAAGCUCCGCGGUGUCCUAG